UCGUUCAGUUACGAAAGCUAUUAGUUAUGAAGGAUUUUUCCUGACUGGGUUAUUGACAAAUCUUUCUUCAGUGUGUGCAAUGGAGGAGUCCGCGAAACCAAAGGUAAAAGUUCUCAACGAGCACGGCAAAGCAGAGAAGAAUGCCAUUAAAGCCGUGGAACUAUCGAAAAAACUUCAGAAGACUAUGCUAAGUAUCAAGGGCGAAUGUAUAGGGGAGGAUCGUAGAAUUGACUAUGAUAAAUUAAAGAAAAGUGAAGCAUUUAAAGAAUACAAAAAGGAGACUUUACAACUACAGUUUGUCUCCCUUGAUGACCUCAGUGAAGCAGAGAGGAAGGCCUUCUUCAUCAACUUAUAUAAAGCCCUGACCAUCCAUGGUCUUGCUGAACAAGAAUCUCUUCCUAGUUCUGUCCUUGACAUUCAUCAGUUCUGGAAGACCACUGCCUAUAACGUAGGGGGACUAGUUUACAGCCUCGAGGACAUCAGGCAUGGCAUUCUCAGAGCUCAGAAUUAUGUUCCACUUAGGAAUACAGGACUGGAAUAUGCCUUACCAACAAUGCUUGAAAUACAGGAUGCCAAGGAAUUAGGCUUGAAUAUUCCAGAACUGAUGAGCAAGGACGAUUUUGAAUGGUUAGUGAAUGAGGUUAUUCCCAUUGGAUUGGAUUUGGGAAUGUACAACAUUCCAGAACCCAUGAUCAAAGAAGAUAUGACCAUCUUAUUAGACAUGGCACAAGCAAUGAUGAAUCUUAAUCCACCUCAGAAUUAUGUUCCACCUCAGAAUACAGGGCUGGAAUAUGCCUUACCAACAAUGCUUGAAACACAAGGUGCCAAGGAAUUAGACUCGAAUAUUUCAGAACUUAUGACCAAAGAAGAUAUGAGGAUCUUGACCACUGAGAUGUGUCAAAGUUAGUUAAGUUAUUUUUAAUGAAUAAAAAAUUAAAAAAAGAACAACUAUGUACUCAAUAGUAAAACAGGCUAUAAAGAUGUAUUAAAAGUAGGAGAGUUUGUAUAUUCAGUGUUCUUGUUUUUAUUUCUUUAGGU